GGAGAGGGGGAGGAGGAAGAGGGGCAGGCUCGGAGAGGCCAUGUGAUGCUGGGCGCCAGCGAGCCGCCGCUGAGCCGCCUCCUUCCUCCUCCGAUCGCGGGCUGUCAUGGCGACCCCCAACAAUCUGACCCCCACCAACUGCAGCUGGUGGCCCAUCUCAGCGCUGGAAAGCGAUGCAGCCAAGCCGGUGGAGGCCCCCGACGCGCCCGAGGCAUCCAGCCCCGCCCAUUGGCCCAAGGAGAGCCUGGUUCUGUACCACUGGACCCAGUCCUUCAGUUCGCAGAAGGUGCGGCUGGUGAUCGCAGAGAAGGGCCUGGCCUGUGAAGAGAGGGAUGUGAGCCUGCCACAGAGUGAGCAUAAGGAGCCCUGGUUCAUGCGGCUCAACCUGGGUGAGGAGGUGCCAGUCAUUAUCCACCGAGACAACAUUAUCAGUGACUACGACCAGAUCAUUGACUACGUGGAACGCACCUUCACAGGAGAGCAUGUGGUGGCCUUGAUGCCUGAGGCGGGCAGCCCACAACACGCCCGAGUGCUGCAGUACCGGGAACUGCUGGAUGCACUGCCCAUGGACGCCUACACGCACGGCUGCAUCCUGCACCCUGAGCUCACCACAGAUUCCAUGAUCCCCAAGUAUGCCACGGCUGAGAUCCGCAGACAUUUGGCCAAUGCCACCACAGACCUCAUGAAACUGGACCAUGAAGAGGAACCACAGCUCUCUGAGCCCUAUCUUUCAAAGCAGAAGAAGCUUAUGGCCAAGAUCUUGGAACACGAUGAUGUGAGCUACCUGAAGAAGAUCCUUGGGGAGCUGGCUAUGGUGCUCGACCAGAUUGAGGCAGAGCUGGAGAAGAGGAAACUCGAGAAUGAGGGGCAGAAAUGUGAGCUGUGGCUCUGCGGCUGUGCCUUCACCCUGGCGGAUGUCCUCCUGGGGGCCACCCUGCACCGCCUCAAGUUCCUGGGACUGUCCAAGAAAUACUGGGAAGAUGGCAGCCGACCCAACCUGCAGUCCUUCUUUGAGAGGGUCCAGAGACGCUUCGCCUUCCGGAAAGUCCUGGGUGACAUUCACACCACACUGCUGUCAGCUGUCAUCCCCAAUGCAUUCCGACUGGUCAAGCGGAAGCCGCCAUCAUUCUUUGGGGCAUCCUUUCUCAUGGGCUCCUUGGGUGGGAUGGGCUACUUUGCCUACUGGUACCUCAAGAAAAAAUACAUCUAGAGCCGGGCUGGGGCCUGGUGUGUGACUG